AUGGUCCAGGAGGACCCCUGGCAGGUGGGCUCGACACGGCCCUACGGGUCCCCACAAACAAAGGCAGGAAACCCUAGGUGCAGCCCCGCGGGCGGAGCCCUGCCCGCUGCCCAAGCGUCCCGCCGCAGCGGGGCUGACCGGAAGGGCAGGGCCGGCGAGGGCUCGCAGGGCCCCAGGGCCUCUGCGAGUGACCGCCUGUGGGGUGGGGGCGGGGGCCGGGAUGCGCUGCCCGGCUGCAGCCCCACUGGGGCGGGGCGGAAGCCCUGGGCAGGUGCAGCGUGGAAGAAGGACCGGCUCCCCGGAGGUCUGCUGGCCCGCGGCCCCGGCGGCCCAGGGGCCGGCCUGCGCUCCCCGCGGGGAGCUGGUUUCUCGCCCCUGGACUCGCAGGGGCUGGCCGGCCUCGUCUUCGGGUUCCUCCUGCCGGUGCGGCCCGGCCUGCGCCUUGCCCGCACUGUGGAGCUGGGCGCCAGCCGACCACACGGACGCAGGCGCCGGCCAGGGCCGACCGCGGGCCUCCCUCGGGCUGACGGGCGGCUCCUGUUGCCGCCUCUGAGCCCCUUGGGCACCGUGGCGGGCAUGCAGCUCCCCACCCGCCGGGGGCCAGCGCUGCCCCCGGGGGUCGCCACUCUGAGCUCGGAAGAGGAGAGCGACCCUCCGACCUACAAGGAUGCCUUCCCCCCGCUCCCCGAGAAAGCCGCCUGCCUGGAAAGCGCCCAGGAGCCUGCCGGCGCCUGGGGCAACAAGAUCCGGCCCAUCAAGGCCUCCGUCAUCACGCAGCCCGGCUCAGCGCGCGUCUCCCAGGACAAGCGCGCCGUGGAGCGGCUGGAGGUGGAGAAGGCCUUCCACCCCUUCAUCGCCGGGCCCUACAACCGGCUGGUGGGCGAGAUCAUGCAGGAGACCGGGACCCGCAUCAACAUCCCCCCGCCCAGCGUCAGCCGCUCCGAGAUCGUCUUCACCGGGGAGAAGGAGCAGCUGGCCCAGGCCGUGGCGCGCAUCAAGAAGAUUUACGAGGAGAAGAAGAAGAAGACCACGACCAUCGCGGUGGAGGUGAAGAAGUCCCAGCACAAGUACGUCAUCGGGCCCAAGGGCAACUCCCUGCAGGAGAUCCUGGAGCGCACGGGCGUGUCCGUGGAGAUCCCGCCCUCGGACAGCGCCUCGGAGACCGUGAUCCUGCGGGGCGAGCCGGAGAAGCUGGGCCAGCCUGCCGCUUCCGGGGGUCCUGGCUCGCCCUGCCUGGCCGGGCCGGGCGCAGCCGACAGGCCCGGUCGGUCUCCGCAGCAAACCAAGAGCUUCACGGUGGACAUCAGGGCCAAGCCCGAGUACCACAAGUUCCUCAUCGGCAAGGGGGGCGGCACCAUCCGCAGGGUGCGGGACAGCACCGGGGCCCGCGUCAUCUUCCCGGGCCCCGAGGACAAGGAGCAGGACCUGGUGACCAUCGUGGGCAAGGAGGAGGCCGUGCGCGAGGCCCAGCGCGAGCUGGAGGCCCUGAUCCAGAGCCUGGACAACGUGGUCGAGGACUGCAUGGUCGUGGACCCCAGGCACCACCGCCACUUCGUGACCCGGCGGGGCCAGGUGCUGCGGGAGAUCGCGGACGAGUACGGCGGCGUGAUGGUCAGCUUCCCGCGCUCCGGCUCGCAGAGCGACAGGGUCACCCUCAAGGGCGCCAAGGACUGCGUGGAGGCCGCCAAGAGGCGCAUGCAGGAGAUCGUCGAGGACCUGGAGGCGCAGGUGACCCUGGAGUGCGCCAUCCCCCAGCGGUUCCACCGCUCGGUCAUGGGCCCCAAGGGCUCCCGCAUCCAGCAGAUCACGCGCGACUUCAACGUGCAGAUCAAGUUCCCGGACAGAGAGGAGAACCCAGCACCCAGCACAGAGCCGGCCGUGCAGGAGAACGGGGACGAUGCCGGGGAGGGGCGCGACACCCGCGAGGGGGACCCCGGCUCCCCGCGGCGGUGCGACAUCGUCACCAUCUCGGGCCGCAAGGAGAAGUGCGAGGCCGCCAAGGAGGCCCUCGAGGUAGCCUGGGAGCCGCCCCCGCCCCGGGGGCAUCGCCCCAUCAGCCUCCAGCAGGUCCGCAGUGGGGGCUCAUCCCGCCUCGCCGAGGCAUCCCGUGUCGGUGCCCAGGUGCUGCGGGGCCACUGGGUCAGCACGGUCCCUGUGGGCCCGUCGAGAGGCCGGAGAGGGUUGCGUGACUGUGCCGAGCCGGCCCGGUUCCUGGCCACUUUGGAAAUCCCUGGCAGCCACGACCAGUGA